AGGCAGUGGACUCCCACUCCAUUUAAUGCCUUCAAACCCUCAACCCACUCUUUGUCCACAAACUCAAAAACCUCCACCGCGCCCUUCUCCUCCUCCUCUCUCUCCGUCAUGGCGGUCGCCGCCUGCUCCACCGACUUCAUCCGCGACUCCGCCUGUCGCGACGGCCACGCCGCCGCCCACCUCAAGUUCAUUUCCAUCUUCCUCAUCUUCUUCACCAGCGUCAUCGGCGUCUCCUUACCAGUCCUCCUCACCCGUUUCUUCCACGGAAAACCCCUUUACGACAAAGCGAUUCUAAUCAUCAAGUGCUUCGCCGCCGGCGUGAUUCUCGCCACCUCACUCGUCCACGUCCUCCCCGACGCCUUCGACGCUCUCUCCGACUGCCAAGUGGCUUCCCAACACCCAUGGCGGGAUUUCCCCUUCUGCGGUUUGGUCACCAUGAUCGGCGCACUGCUGGCGCUUCUCGUCGACGUCACCGCCACGUCGCACGUCGAACACAGCCACUACAAUCCGGUGGAGACAGAGGAGAAACCGAGAACCGACUCUGCAGGGGAUAUUGGGUUGCUGGUGUCGGUGGAUUCGAAAUCGGAGAUUGGGAAUUUAGGGGGAGGGAGUUGUCACCGGCGGCGAGAAGGGGAAGAGGAAUUAGUGAAAUUGAAGCAGAAACUCGUGUCUCAAGUUCUUGAAAUUGGGAUUAUUUUCCACUCUGUAAUAAUCGGAGUUACGAUGGGAAUGUCCCAAAAUCAGUGCACAAUCAAGCCUCUGGUGGCUGCUCUUUCAUUUCAUCAAAUCUUUGAAGGAAUGGGCCUCGGCGGCUGUAUUGCUCAGGCAGGAUUCAGCUUCACAACGACCUCGUAUAUGUGUUUCAUGUUCUCAGUAACAACGCCAAUGGGGAUAGUAUUAGGGAUGGUGCUGUUUUCAAUAACAGGGUACGACGACAGCAGCCCCAAGGCGUUGAUCAUGGAGGGAUUAUUGGGUUCAUUUUCGUCGGGGAUUCUAAUAUACAUGGCUCUGGUGGAUCUAAUAGCAGUAGAUUUUUUCCACAACAAGAUGAUGAGCUCAAAUCAAGGGCUGAAGAGGGGUUGUUUUGUGGCGUUGUUGCUCGGGUCGGCGUCCAUGUCGGUGUUAGCUUUGUGGGCGUGAGAUUGGAUGAUGGAAGAUUAUGAGGCGCCAUUGGAGAGGAGAAGCAAGGUCGAAAGAGGUGAAGAAGAUAGACGCAAUGCAUGUAAAGUGAUAUUGGUUUCCAUGUCAUGAACCAACUAGGGGAUUGGUUUGAAUAGGCAAAGAGAGUGAUAAAGAUAGGAAAGGAGGAUUAAAGUGGUGAAUAAAGAUGGUUGGGGGGAUUGGAAUUUCAUUAUAUUUUACGUAUACAGAAUGAAGUGGGAAUGGAAAGUUUGUGAAUAAUGCGCCUUUUCUCA